AACUCUUUCUUAAACCGGCAUUUUAUCUAAACUCUUCAGACAGUUUUGUAAAAAUGCUGAUCGUACUUUUAUCACUUGUCCUAGUUGGUGUCUCUAGCAAAAGUUUACCACCAGAAAUCCAAAAAUGCCGAAAAUCUGACCCAAAACUAGGCGACUGUUUGGCUAAAAGUGUGCCUGACGCAGCGGGAAGGCUUAAACAAGGUAACAAGGACCUGGGAAUUUUUCCUCUAGAACCUCUGGUUAUUGAAAAAAUUGAAUUUGGAGAUUCAAGUGGUGGAGCAGUUGGUGUACGACAGGUGUACGAAAAUUUGAAGCUGUUUGGAGCAACGAAUUUUACUAUAUCCGAUUCCGAGGCGGAUUUCGGUGAUGAAAACUGCUAUUGGCGGUUCAAAGGCCACACAGACUUUGUCCGAAUGGAAGCUGAUUAUAAAAUGACUGGGAAACUGUUACUUUUCCCCAUAAACGGCAAAGGGAAAUGUAACAAUACCGUGUAUGAAUACGAAGGUGUCUACAACAUAAAAUGUGAAAAGUACACAAAAAAGGACCAAAAACAUAUACGUGUGACUGAUUUUACGCUCAAUCUAAAACCAAAAAGAGUCGUUUUUGGUUUCGAGAAUUUGGUUGACGGGAACGAACAGUUGAGUAACGAAGUCCUAAAGACGAUCAACGAAAAUUCUGAGCAAGUGUACGCAGAUGUGGCUCCAGCUUUCAAUGAAGCCAUAGGGAAGUACGAAAAGGAAGUUUUCAAUCGAGUGUUUUCGAGAGUGCCAGAGGAUGAGUUGUUUUUGCCAUAA